AUGUCUAUGUUGUCCACUCACUUGGCAUCCAGCUCCAGUGCAACAGAAAAUGAUCACCAGGACACUAAUAUUGCAUCUCAGGCUGCAGUUAUAUGUUACUCUAUGUCUGUUAAUCCCAUACUUUCCUCCAAAGAUAUUUGGAUAGUAGAUUCUAGUGCUACAAAGCACAUUUGCUCUAUUGCUGCUGCAUUCAUGAACAUGAGAACUAUAUAUGAUUCAAAACUGGAUAUCCACUCCAAGAAGAUGAUUGGCAGGGGUGAUCGAGUACAAGACUUAUAUGUUCUUGAUAUCGAUGUUCUAAAUUCUCUUUCUAACUCUUUUUUUAACAAUGUUUCUGUAAAUGUGUGGCACAACAGGCUUAGUCAUCUUUCCUUUAAGAAACUAGACUCCUUGAAGAAUCAAUUGUUGUGUGAUGUUUCCAAAUUCAAUAAACACAUGCCUUGUUAUAUUUGGCCCCUUGCAAAACAGAGAAGGCUGUCAUUUGAUUCGAAUAAUAACCUUUCAAAUAAUCCAUUUGACAUCAUACACUGUUACAUUUGGGGGCCAUACCAGUUCACUUCAUACUUGGGUUAUAGAUACUUUUUAAAUUUGGUGGAUGAUUGUUCAAGAUUCACUUGGCUAUAUCUGCUGAAGCAAAAAUCUGAUGUUAUAAGUAUAAUUUCUAGAUUUUUCAAUAUGGUCAGUACUCAGUUCAAUGCUAAAAUUAAAAUGUUCAGAUCAGACAAUGCCAAUGAAUUGGCGUUUGAAAGACCACAGCAAAAUUCUGUGGUCGAGAAGAAACACCAACAUCUCUCAAAUGUGGUCGGAUCACUAUUUUUUCAGUCAGGAGUUCCCAUAAAAUUUUGGUCUGACUGUUUAUUAAUGGAUUUUACUAGUGAUGAUGUUAAUCAGUUUGGUGGUAGCUCAAGUACUCCAUCUGACUAUGAUGCAUGUCAAAAUGUUCCAAUUGAUUUGGAAAAUAUUGAAGAGAAAGAAGAAAGAUUUCGUGAAAGAAUGGUUGAAACAGAGAUGCCGCUUACGAUGAUAGACUCGGUAAACUUUACCCGGCUCAUGCAGAAAUAUCUUCAACCCAGAAAAUGUUAUAUUGCUGCUACGGCUCAUUACAUUGAUCAACUGUGGCUUUUACAUAAAAGGAAUAUCGCAUUCAGUUGUGUAGAUUUUUUCCAUAAUGCCACUAACUUAUACAUGGUCUUAGAAGAUAUCAUACAGGAAUAUGAUAUACAAUAUAUGGUUUGGAAUUUUAUUUUUGAUAAUGCUGCGGAGAAAUCAUUUGCCCAUAAUGUAACACAUAGAUGGAACUCUACAUAUCUUAAAUUACAUUCGUGUGAAAAAUACGAUAAAGUGAUUUCACUAGUGAUCAAUGUUGGUGAUACAAAUUUUGAAAUUCCUUCUGAGUUAGCUAGGUAUAUGUGCGUGGAUGUUCAUAGUGUGUUACAACCAAAAGAAUUACAGGAAUUUAGUCUUCUAAAUUGGUAG